CAGGCGGAGGAGGCGGCCGAGGCGUUCUGGGGGCGGCUGGCGACGCGCCGGCUGGGCCUGCCUCCUCGGCAGCUUCGGGUGUCUCCAGGGCCCUGUCUGCCCGCAGUCGCUUGCUGGGUUUUGGCUGACUUUAACGGGACGAAGCAGGCGGUCGGUAUCCCCGAGAACUAGCGGGUCUUGCGCGCUUGGCUUUAGUGCGAGGGGAAGAGAGCCGAGGAACCGACCGGCAGCUUCGCGCGGCUUGGCCCGACCCUGGCGCAGCCGGCGGCGGGCGCGGCAGCGAGACCUCCGGAGAGGGGCAGCGCGAUGGGGCGGCCGGCGGCCUGCGCGGGGGGUUGGUGCGGUUGGCGCUGGCGGACGCGCAGAAGGGCCCGGCGUCAGCCGGGGAAGCGCGGAACGUGGAAGGCGUCCCGCAAAUGGCGGCCUGCGCAGGCAACUUUGAGCUCCCGGGCAGACGCCGGACUCUUUGCAAGAACUUGGAGCAGAGCGGGGAGGUCUCCUGCAGCAGCCGCGUCCAUCCCAUAUCAACCCAUGCCUUUAGUGCCUGGGAAGGGGGAGCGGGUUCCAGAACAAAAGACUCCAGGACACUGCAGCUGAUUGCUUCAGUCAGGGUCUGGCUGCCUGGCCUGGAGGAAGGAGGGAGGACAGGACACAGUCAGUCUCAAGAGGCAGCCCAGAUCCAUGUCAGCUUCUUUGAAUGCAAUGACUCAGCAGCUACAGGAUGAAUUUGACAGUAGUGUGGAGAAUGCAGAAGCUUGGAUGAAGGCCAUCCAAGAGAGACUGAGGAUCAAUGACAACACCAAGGGACCUCGAUCUGCCCUAGAAGCCAGACUGAGAGAGACUGAGAAAAUACGUGCGCUGGAACCAGAAGGCAGCUUGAAAAUGGACUUGAUUCUUGUGAAGGCAGAUGCUGCUCUUCGCAGCAUCAGUGAGGAUAAGAAGCAUGAGGUACUAUCUAAACUGAAAGACAUUAAAGCCUUGUGGGAAGAGACAGCCAUAUACAUUACUCACUGUCACAGCCGUAUUGAGUGGGUCUGGCUGCACUGGAGUGAGUACCUGAAAGCCCAAGAUGAGUUUUACGCGUGGAUUCACAACAUGAGGGUGACCUUGGAGCCUGACAUUGAGUUGCAGCUUGGUUUAAAGGAGAAGCAGUGGCAGCUGAGCCAUGCUCAGGUUCUGCUGAAUGAUGUCUUAAAUCAGUCAGUCCUGCUGGAAAGACUGCUAGAGGAAGCUGCUUCCUUGUUCAGCAGGAUAGGUGACCCCAGCGUUGAUGAGGAUGUUCAGAAGAAAAUGAGGGUGGAAUAUGAAGGAAUCAGGGAAGAAGCUCAGAGCAGAGUGAAACUGCUUGAAAAGAUAACCAAGGAGCAUGAGCGGUACAGCGCUAACGUCAACCAGUUUCAAUCGUGGCUGAAUGGUGUGACAGAAAGAUUAAACUGCUGCAUUGGAGAAGCAACCAAGUCUUCAGCAGAGGACAAGUUAAAGGCACUGAAGGAAAUUGCCAAAAACAUUAGGAGUGGUGGAAAGAAGUGGAAGCACCUUGAAAAUCAGUGUGCAGAGGUGAUUCAGAAUACCUCCCCACUUGGAGCUGAGAGAAUGAAGGAUGAACUUGAAGAGCUAAAAAAAGCCUUGGAGAAGUUGAAACUGCUGAGCAGUGAGGAGGAGGAGAGAUUGCUCAAGAUCCAACAGUCAGAAAGUGCCUAUAAGUCCCAAGCCAGACAAUUAGAAGCAGAUGUCCAGGAGUUGAGAAAAGAUCUACAGAGACUAGAAAAUGACCUGGACCCUGGGGAAGGGGAAAAGACUGAAGAUGAGUUUGUAACUCUGUGGAGAAAAUGCAAUGCAACGAGAGCAGCUCUGGCCGCAGAAGAGUCCAAGGUUGAGAGGCUGAAGGCUCAGCUUAAAGAACUACUACGGUUUUCCCAAGACGUGCAGCUACACGCUGAGAGUGUUGUCUCUGCAAUACAGCAGUAUCAAAGUGUUAGAGGCAAGACAUCUAAAAUGAGCGCUGAUGCAGAAACCCAACUGAGGCAACUCUUCCAAAAUCCUCUGCAAGAAUUUCAACAGUGGAAGCCAUCGAUCCAGAUGAUCCUGGAGACUCCAGAGCCAGCGCUGGCUCACAUAGAGGCUGCUCUAGCUGAAAGCUCCCAGUUCAAAGAGAAGUUGGUGACACUACAGCUGAAGAAAGAUUUGCUAAAUAACGUCCUUGGUGAGGAAAAAGCAAAGUCUUUCCUGCAGGAAGUAGCUGAAGCUUCAAAGGAGAGGGAAAUUCUACAUAAAAGUCUGCUGCAAAGCAAGAGCAAACUCCAGAAUUUGAUAUCACAACAUAAGGACUUUGACGCUGGUUUCACACCUUUACAGAAGAAAUUAACUGCCAUCAAAGCUAAAUUAGAUCUAGAGAAGGAACCACGGCCUGACCUCUUGGGUAAAAAAACACAACUCCAGAGACUGCAGAUGAUUCAAGAUGACUUGGCAGAGCUUGCGAUUCAAAUGGAGGAGGUAGAGAAGCUUGUUCAGUCAAAUACCACACACAGGCAUGAAAUGAAUCAACUUUCAUCUGACUCUCAGGCCCUAAAGAGAUCAUUGGAGAUGAUGAUACAGCAGAGUGAAGAGCACGUUCAGAAGCAUUGGGCAUAUAAUGACAAACUCUCUGACCUCCAGCAGUGGAUCACAGUAACCACGGACAGGAUUGACUCCUACCAGGGUGCUGAUGGAGAGCAGAACACCGAGGGCAGGGUGGCAGACCUUGAGAGAUGGCUAGCUGAGUUUCCAGAUAAGGAGAUCCAGCUGCACCUUGUGGAAGCUCAUGGCCAGCUGGUCAUGGAGAAUUCUUCUCCAGAGGAGACUGCUCAUGUCCAAGCAGAGCUGGAUCAGCUGAAGGAGUCCUGGAGAUCACUAAAGGAGAUGGCAACUGGUCUUCUCAAAAAGUGGCAGUUAAAUAGACCAGUGACUGAUAAGAAGAAAAUAGCAUUUGUGGACAGCAGAUGGAUGUCUGGACCUGCCUUCCGUCUUUUAGAUGUAGAUCCCAACCACAAGCAGGAGAGGAUAGGAGAAGGGCAAAAUACAAGCAGCUACUUGAAGCUCCUACACGACUUUGAAGAAUGGUUACAAGGAGAAAACACCAAACUGACCAAAAUUCUUGCUGUGACUUCAGCUUCCCCAGAGGAAAUUAAGGCACGCCAGAGCAAACUGGAGGAGCUGCAGUCUCGUGUGCCUGAUGGUCAGCGUCUCUUUGAGGACCUUCUUCAUCUUCAUUCUGUUAUUGGAAACUCUGAAGAUCUGGAGGACCUGCGUUACCGAUGGAUGCUCUACAAAUCUAUGCUGAAAGAGUCCAUGAGUUCACUGAGUCCUGAAUCUUCAGAAGAACCAGACAGAUUCAGAAAGAAGCGCUCUGGAGGCAUUUGCUCAUUCCUGCAUCGGGUGUGCUGGGCAGCACUGCCGCUGCAACUGCUCCUCUUGCUCCUCCUGCUCCUGGCCUUCCUCCUGCCCCUGGCAGAGGAGACCCACAGCUGCACGCUGGCCAACAACUUUGCUCGGUCCUUCAACCUGAUGCUGAGAUAUGACGGCCCACCUCCCACCUAACUUCUUGGCAUGGCAUGAGGUGACUCUCAGAAAUAUAGACUCUUCUGGUUUUUUAACAAUUUCAAGUAUUGUAAAUUUUAGGGCUUCUAACAAGGCCAUCGAAUCAACUGGAUAGGUCACAUAAAUGCAACAUAAGAUUAGUCCACUUUAAUCAGGUUUUUGAGCAAAUUUAAUAUUUUUACAGUAUUUUAUUAUAAUAUUUAUAAUGUAUAUAUAGAGAUUGUGUAUGUGUAUGUAUGUACAGAGAUAAAUAUAUAUAUAUAUAUAUAUAUAAAAAAAAGCAUACCUGUGGUCAAACUAACAUCUGCCAUCCACUCAUCCACUGUUUGGAGAUAAUCCUGCAAUAUUUCUGUUUCUGCCAUCUUUCAGCAAGAAAUACUGAAUGUUGGUUUCAUUGUGGGGCUUUUGGGUGAUUUUUAAAUUAAAUUUUUGUUGUCUACAACCAAAGCCAGACCAAGUAUGAGAAGAUGCGGGCAUGCAGCAGAGUGCAAAUUGGAGAGCAGGUAGAGUAGAGUCAUGUUUGAAUACAGUGGUUGACAUUCAGCCCAAGGAAAAUUGGGACUAUUCUAUUUGGAAUCUUGAGCUCUUUUUUUCAGUAUCUGGAUGCAGGGAUUGCAGAAGGUAAUGGAAAUGUUUCCACUGACUUCAGUAUGAGUGGGGGUGGACCUCUUCUUGUUCUCAUUUUUUACCAGAUUUCUUUUCCAGUUACUGUGUUCUCCAGCCCACCUGAAUCAGGAGAGGUAGAAUACAGUAGGAAGAAAGCUGGGAAUAGAAUAUAUAUUUUUUUAACAUCUCUAUAACAGGAGAACUUUUAAAAUCAGGUCAUAAUUUUCUGAACAAGUUUGUGAGCACUGAACAAAACCUAAUAUCAGUGGUCUUGCCUUUAAAAAGCAGUGGGGUUUUUUGUUUGUGUUUUUUUUGUGGGUUUGGGGUUUUUUUUUACUUUAUAAAAAGGCAUUUGGUGAUGGAUCAUAAAGCCUGAACAGUGGGAUGCAGCCUGGCUCAGUGUCAGCAAAGCAAAAGUUGAAGUAUUUUAAUAAUACCACCCUGGAAACAAGAUUCCUUCCUAGGAUGUUUUUAUAUUAAUGGUUUGUUGAACUGAUGUAAACCGAUUGUAUCAAAGACAGUCAAGCAUAGAUUUCUAUAUAGUCUAAACUCUUAAGAUGAUGACAACUUGUCAUUUAUUUACCUAACCUUAUGUCUGAAUGUACAUUUUAACAUUGCCUUUUAAUGUAAAAGCAAUUCUCACUUUACUGUGAUGAAACCAUUCUUAGUGGUGUUUUACCUAACUGACUCCUGAGAGAAAAGGUAAUUUCUAAAAUUUUGUGCCAUUUCUGAGAGCUAUUCCUUAUUGUCUCGUGUUUUUAGCCACAGUAGUGAUCAUGCAAAAAAAAAAAUUAACAGAAGAAACAGUUACUUUUCCCAUCCUGGCUAUGUUGCAGGAGGAACUUGUCUUCUGGGUAUCAGUAUGGUGUAUUCAGUGUUGUUUUCCAAAUAAGUUGCAAAAGAAUAUUAAAUCUGUUGUACAUUAUGUAAAUUAUGUAGUAGCUGAGGGACUGAAGAAGGAAGUCAUACUUCUUUAACAAAACCAUGAAAGUUUUGCUAAAGAAGCAAACUUGGGUAGAGUAGGGAGGUAUCGCAGCAAGGAGCUCAUUAUAGGCACAAAAUGAGGGAGAACAGGCAGAUGUGAAAGAGGACUAGCUAAAAAUAGGGAAGAGAGGUGUCCCAACAAUUCAUAAAGCCUAAGAAAAUGAGUCACGAUGAACACAGAGGACAAUAAUACAGGCUUUAUGCAGGAAAAAUCUCUGAAUCUUUUUAGUUCCCUCUCCCUGCUACAGUAUUGGUACUAUUGCAUAUUAAACAGCAUAUCUUCAGUAAGGUUUAAAAUGGGGCAAGUAACAUGGACUCUUACUAGUGUUCUGAGGAGACGCUUCUACCACCAGGACUCUGUCACUGUGUUCCUAAUAAUGCUUCCGACUACACUGGGUUUGGUAGAGUUGGACAAAAAUGCCAAAAUUCUGCUGAAAGUAAAAAGGAGACUGGAAAUUAGAGGAGAGAGAGCAGGGAUGGUGAAGGUAUUCAGGUAGAAUGCAAGGGGAGCAUGAGGAGGAGCUGAACUGAUGCAGAUGAAAACCUGACUGUCAGGAGGUAGCAGAAGAAGUCUAGAGAGCAGGCAGAGGGGGGCUGAAAGCAGAAAGGUGAGGAGAGAGGAUGGAUGUACACUGAGUGAUAAGACAUACACAUCUAAACAGGAAGCAAAGGAAGGCCUGUGAUUUCUUUCAUGAAGGAGCCAGAUGGAGAGGAGCUAUAAUUUGUCAGAGAAUGGGGCAAAUUAAUUCCUUCUUUGCAAUUAAUUCCUUCUUUCUGGUGGCAGAGGACAUACCUCCUUCUCACCUCUGAUUAGCUGUGUGAGAGCCAUGCAUGUUCCCACAGUGUUCCUCUAAAAAUUGCUGCCAGCCUUGAGGGAAGAAACCCCUGUGGCUGUGCAAGGAGCUACUCAUCACACACAUCUCCAUUUCAAAUUAAAUGCUCCAGUAGAAAAGAAGUGUGGGGGAAGAGGGGCAGUAACAAAACCUGCUGUAUGUGGUUGUGGAUAUGUGUACUUCUGCACACACUUUUCUUUGAUGUAGCUACAUUGCAGUUCUCUGGGUUUUGCUGAGCUGUUCCAGGUGAUGAAAAUAAAAUGCCAGUGAGAAAGUAAAAAUAAUGAUGAAUAAUAUGGCCGCAAGUGAAAAUCAGUAGGGAGAUAGACAAGUUUUUUCUAUCAAAGCACAAAAUCUCACAUCAGAUUUCUUUCUGCCCAGCCUUUCUGAUCUGGAUGAUUUUUAUGGGUUCACAAAUACAUUUGACACCACAGGAGUAUGCAACUGGGGGAAAAAAUUUCUACACAGAGGACCAUAACAGAACAACUGCAUCGUCACCUUGAUGGCAGGUUUUAAAAAAAAAAAACAAACCAAAACUAAAUUAGAAACACGCUUUUGCUGCUAGGCUUGCAUUCAAUUUAUUCUGUAAGUCUCCGGUCUGUAAUCUUGGAAUUUUUUGCUUUAAAUCUCAGCAAAUCCAUUCUCAUUAAUUUAAGUAAUUUAAAUAUCUCACUUAAGUGAUGAAUCUUUCUACUUCUUUGCAAUGGAAACUGUCCAAAUCACAGGACUUCGAUGAUCAUCUCACUCAGAACAAUUUCACUCUUCUAUAAUGUCACUGACCUCACCUGUCCAACUUAGAUGUGAGAUUUUUUCAAAGAAAGAACGAAUUUUUAAAAAAUCACAGAAGUAAGCUUGAAAUGUAGAUCCAAAAUUUACUUUCUAUUUUAUUCUCUUGGUUUUCUUCUGAGAAGUUUGUGAUACUGAUUUCUGGAAGUGUGUGUAAAUAUUAAGUCAGUAAUUGGAUAAUGAGAAGAAACUGGCCAGUUCAAUUUCCAGGAAACUGAACAAAGCUCAGAUUCCUCAAAACACAAACUAAAUCAUACUGUUUCCAAGUCAGUCCUUAAAAUUUGAGCACUGUUCUUCAUGCUUGAAUCUUUGCUCACACAUGAUUUGGGGGUUACACCCUCACUUUUGUGCCUAUAAAAUCCCCAGCUCAUGGAUCUCUGACAUCCAUACAUAACCGAGAUGUGUUACAGCUCAGCUUUGGAUUGGGGCUGCUGCCUUAAGACAUCCCUUGCCAAAAACCUAGGAUGCACAAAGCAGAUAAGCAUCCACAACUGAGGGCUUGCAGGACUUUAAUCCAGAUCCAGCCACUGUCAGAGGGUGCUAAAACCCUCUAAAAUAGAUUGAAUAUGUUUGAGCUUGUAAAUUGUGCAUCUGGCUCAGGCCACGUAGUCUCUACUGCAUGCAGAUAACCACCCUGUUCACAGAGCAGAGCUCUUGUGCAUCUCUCCAAGCUCUUUUGCCUGCAACUAUUGGACCCAGUAUUUGAUUGACCACAUUAAUGACCCUUCAGUGUUGAAGGCAAAAUCCUGCACUCCAGUGCCCAUGCAUUAAAGUAAGAAGUCUGCACAGCCCCAAAGGCACACUUCAAACCCAGCCUUUGGAGUGAAAGCAAGCCUAAUUUAUAAAUUGUAAUUGAUUUUGUAGCCAGAUGCUUUCAACAGAAUUUUCCAUGACUGCAAUACAGUGAGGUAGAAAAUUGCUAUUGUACCACAUGUCUAUUAAUAGCCCUUUCUCUGAUUCCAGCUAGCAAUUCAGAUUGUAUUAAAUGUUAUUUAUAUAUGCCCUCUCCAGAAAUCUCUGUAUGAAAAACAUGUUCAGUUCUAUGCACACACAUUAAAAAUACUGUAUUCCCCUGUUAGCACAGAAUCCCCAGAGCAAUCAUGAUUUCUACCAAGUACUAGCUUAUUUGCCCUGAGAUGCUUAUUAAAUUCAAACAUUUGGGGCUGAAAAGAAAGCUACUAGCCUAACUAAUAGAAGCACCUGAUGAUCACUGAAUAACUUGGAGAGCUUUUAGAAUGGCUUUCUGCUUCUCCUUAAUCCUAUUCACUGGGGUAGUCAAAGACCUCAGAGAGAAGAAAUGUCUCCAAAAAAUGGCCAUCACUAGAUGGGCAGAUGGUAAUCUCUGCAUGUCGGAAAAAAUAGUAUGUUCUCUUUAGUUGCUCUAGGACCUCAGGAGUUUCCUCCAUCUGAUCUCUUCUUCAGUAUUGAAUAGGAAAUGUUUUCCUUUGAUGUGUGUGCAUACACAUCUCAUUAGCACUGAAGAGAUUUGAAGAGUGAGUUCGUGUACAGGAAUUCUUCUAAAUUGUGUUGACAAGAGAGUACAUUGUCUUCUUUUCUCAAGAAAAAAAACAAACGCUGUAUGGCAGAGAUUCUCGGAACAAACAAAACCUUUUGGACUAACUGAAGAUUACAGACUGAAAUUAAUCUGGAGAAACAGUUUUGCCUUUCAAGAAAUGCUAGUGUAAAUACCCCAAUAAACCUAUCUUUGCCAGGCACCGUAGGUGUCUUUCAGGUCAUAGGUUAUGUACCCAGGUGGCUGUAAGAACUCCUUUUGGAGACUUUACUGUCCGUUGGACAGUAUCAGUUGCUAGUCUGCAGCUGAAAACACAUUUGCCCAAUGAACUAUAUUAGCUGCUUCUAGAGUCGCUGGAGGCUGUCAAGGAUAUUCUUAGUAGUUCUCAGAUCAUUGACCUGCUCCGAGCCAUUACAAGUUUAUUGUAUUAAUUUAUCUGUCAGCAGUUGGCCACUCUCAGAAAACAGUUGAUUAAAAUACUGAAGAUAACAUUGUUGGUAUGGACGUCACGAUUCAUUCAGAAACCAAUCUUAUUAUUUUUGCCAUAUUUAAACAUAAUUAUCUGUUGGUUAUACUGUGUUAUAAACAGAUCAGUUGUAGGUGUUGGGUAACUGUGUGGAAUGUUUUAGGCACAAGCAUUUUUGACUUGCACGUGUAUGUUUAAGAAUUGUGGGCUUAUUUCAUGCUUGCUUAAUGGUAAAACAAAACAAAACAAAAGAUUCUUGAAUGUAGCAUUUUCCCCCAAAAAAUACAAAGCAGGAUGGAAUAAUCUGUCAUACAGUUGAUUUUUUUAUUAUCUCUUGUCUAUCCAAUUUAAAAUACGGAUAUGUGUCUACCAGAGAGAUAUCAGUUGAUCUGGAAAGAAAAGGAAUAUCUAUUAGGAAUAUACCAAUUCAAGCAGUAGCCUAAAUGGCACCUUUGUAACCUAACCUACUUCAGCAAUUGCCAGAUUUAGCUCACUGUAUCUGUGAGCUAACCACCCUCCUCCUAGUAAACCGUGGGUGAGAUGAAAGUGCACAGGUGAGGGUACAACAUCCCAGUGGAAGCAGCAGGAGACAUUAGGUCUUCAAAAGGCAGCCUGGUAUCUCGAUGCAAGAGAUGAACAUGUAGGUUUGGCAUAAUGAGAGCAACCCAGGACUAAUAACACAGGAGCAAGGAUUUGCUGACCUGCUCUGCCAGUCAGAAUUUUGACAGUGGCUGUCAGCACUGUCCAGUUUCACGUCCCUGACUGUGGAAGGAGGCUCCCCUCAGGGUAGUUCACUCUAGCUGAGAUCUGAGUCUUGGGAGUGCUUUUUUCUUUUCAUUAAAUCCAGAAGAAACUGCUAAAUCAACCCCCUCAGUGACAGUUUAAUGGUAGGUGGUAGGCGCUGAUGCUCCAGGAAAAGAUGCAGGAAAUGCUGUUGUAGAUAGAAAGAUUGUCAUGAAGGUCUCUGUUCAAUCCUUAGGAAUUAGAGAUUCAUUACAGAACUGAAGUAGGAGGCUUUCUGUUCCUUUGCAAGUAAAUGCCAGCUGUUGCCUUUAGUCUUCUGGAUUUUGGGGGCGAGCCUGUUCAGUGCCUUACUGAAUGCUAGUGGCUUUCUGGCUUCAGAGCCAUUCAUGACAGUGAGUUCCACAUCCUUCCUGCGAGUUGUGUGAAAAAGGUAUUCCCCAGAAUUGGUUUUGAAGCAGAAACCUUUUGUUUGGGGGGUGGGGGUUGUUUGAUUUUCCUUCUUUGGCCCCUGUGUGUGGAUUCCAAGAAAGCAGAAAGACUAGCACUACCCUCUCCAGACCAUACUUUGUCUUUCCUUCUUUUCUCAGAGCAGAGGAGAUUGGGCUUUGUCUCCUUCCUAAAGUAAAUUAUCCCAGUCUUUUCUGCUUCUUUUCAUGUUCCAGUUCUUCCAUGCCCUUGAUCAUUCCUGUCGCCUUUCUUUCAACUUUUUCAGUGCCAGUUCUUCCUCCAUAUGUAGAGCAAAAAAUCUGCUCCUGUUUCAAUAAAUUGAAAUUCAAUAAAUUUUUGCCCUGUUGCAGCUCCUCCUGCAGAUGCUCUGCCUGUUUCUGCUGCCCCCUGUGUCAAAACAGCCUUCAUCACUGUCUGAGGGGACUCUGGUCCUUGCCAGCUGUCUCUUCCAAGUCUCCUGGCCAUGUCCUACCCUCAUGCGCCUUGUGUUGGCUCAGGGACUGCCCUUAAUAUUCACAUCUGCAGAUGGGAGUGCGAGGGUGUCGCUUAACAGACAAUUAUUAAUAAUGAAAGCCUUGCCGUUAGCAUUGUUCAUAGCCUGCCCAGACCCUUUUCUCUUCUUCUCUCUAAGCAGGUUUUGCUGUGUAAUCCAAUUACUGCGUGCAGAAAAUUGCCCCUUAAUCAGGGAGGAGGGCCGGUGUUUCAGUUUCAGCUCUAUUAUCCUGGUGUUGUCACUGCCUGUGUAAGCACUCCCAUGUGCUGCUGGGCCUGGGGCUGGACGCUCCGGGGUGCGUGCCCUUGAGCUGCCGGGAGUGUUUGAAUGUCGCUGUUAUACACCCUAAUAAGCCAGGGCCCUUUUUUUUGAGCUGGAAAAAAAAAAGAAAGAAAAAGAAAAUGGUUGCUUUUAACAAACUGAUUUCACAACUCAUUUAUCAAGCCCUAUAGCAAACCAUUUAUUUUAGCUCCUUUUUGCUCCAUCAAAAGCUGUAUGUUAAAAGGGAGAGGUGAAUUUCAAGAGGCUGGGGACUGAAGGCAGGCUGCAGUGCCACCCGCCCUCACCAGCACUUUGCCGGGAGGCCUCCAGCUAGAAUUCAGGGGUCGGACCUGUUAUUUUUCCUAAAUGACUCCCGCCUUCAAAAUCAAAUUAUUUCUUUUGUCAAGUCCAAUAAGCACUGAACACCACAGACUUGGUUUCACUACAGAUAUGAAUAAACACCUCUGUACGGUACUUUCCAUCGCCAUGAAAUAUAUAUAUAUGUAUAAAUAUAUGUACAUAUAUAUAUGUAAUAGGGAGUGUAAUUAUUGUUCUACUUAAAGAAAAGUGACAUUCCACUUCAAUGUAACUUUCACGUGCAGCUUUUAAGAGAAACUGUGUCUUAAAAGGAAGCUGGAAGAGUUUAGAGGUAUGUGUUUUAAUGAGCUUUAAUGAGCUUUAAUAAGCUUUGAGUUAGGACUUCAGUCUCCAAGGCAAAAAGCACCCAUGAUGAUUUUCCCAUCACCUUCCCAGAUCAGAGCCUGUAAGAGUUUAACCCAGGAGUCACUCCUUGAGCACUGACUAUUCCCAAAGGUAUUUGGAUGCUGCAUGUACUAGCUGUGUGUCUGUCCUCAAACACCAACCUCCAUUUUGUACAUGUGCUUGACUGGAAGGCAAAAGACACACUUUUGUCUUGCUCCAAGACCCUGAUGAUCAUUUUUGUCUCAGCGGAUGUAUUCCUUUUGAUCAGCGUCACUCUUUCCAUUUUUUUCCCCUUUUAAUUUGCACUAAUUGAGUUUAUCAGGUGAUUCCAGGAGGGCACCCUCCACCUGCCUAGCCUCAGAGCUUCCCUUCCAGCAACAUACCUUCUUCUCAUUUGUUUAUUUGGGUGUACUGGACCACUGUGAAGCAAUUACACAAGCAAUAACAACGGGUGUUGCAUUUUGCUGUCAUUGCCUUUUGUAAGACGUAACACUCCAUUGACAUUGAAAAGUGGUAGGAGACCCAGAAGCUGCAUUGUUGUUUACUAGCAAUAUAACCGAUGUACAGUGCUUCUACAGGGGACCUGUCCUCACUCCUCACAGCAGCUGGCUGUCUCGGGCCCAAUUUAAUUCACAAGGCUGGAUUAUAAACAGUCUUGGAUCCCUUCACCAACACUCCAUCAAUCUUGCUCCCAUCAGUUUUUGUGCUUUUGUUUAGUUUCAAGCUAGAAGAAAGUUUAAAGAAAUGUGCUAAGGCUCCUGUAUAGGGUGAGUAAAUGUCCCAAACAGUUCACAAAGAUUACAACAAAAUGAAGGGAUUUACUCUCACAUUGAACAGAAUUAAUAAGAAGUUCUUAUCGAUGUAUUAAAAAGUUAUUAAGAGCAGCCUGGAGUGAAGUUUCUGCAAUCAAACCAUUCUCUGCUUUUAAUUUAAAAAUCAGCAAAUAUUGAAGUACAUGUUGCUACCUUCUUUUAGAAGUGACCUGGAACUAAAAUGUGAAUCCUCCCAAAUGGGAGGUUUAUUGAUGCGGAUCUAAAUUUCACCAGAGUGUCCCAUGUUAGAUCACCCGCCUCUGGGCAGAGAGGAAACCUAAGGCUGUUCACAAGAGAAACUCAUAUUGUGAACAGUUUUAAAAUUCUUCAGAGCUCCUAUCCACUUCCAAAUGUCAGUAAUAGGGAGGAUCAGAAACUUUCCCAUGAACCCUAUGCAUUUUGCAUGUUGAAAUCCUGGCUUGAAUUCGGGUCUCCACCUCAGCUUCUUGUAAAUGUUAAUAUUCAAGUAGAACAAAAAUGUUAGAGGCAAUUACAGCAUGAACAUCUCUUCUUGUUUAUGUAUAGUAGCUGAUAGCAGAGUCUGUAAUAAUAAUCUGUGUUUAUACAUGUGCCGUCCAAUGUAACAGUUGGGUACCAAAUACCUUUUAACUGUCACAAGAAAAUAACUGGAUUGAUGUCACUUUUUGCUUGUAUGAAUAUGAUUAUUUGCCUUGCAGGGACCAGUUCCACUUUUGUCAUGUUAUUUAUGACUUUUAAAUACAUUUGUGAUAAAUUAGGCUCGUUUCUAAAGUAAACAAUACUGGAGCCAAGCAGCUGUCUCUGUACAUGUGCAUGUUAUCACAGCUGAUAUCAAGUCCAAGUCAGACUCCUUGUCUUGCUUGGACCUUUCCUUAACCUUUGUGGCUUAUUCAGGGAAAUGCGGACCAGUCUAUUUUCUUAUUAAAAAUACAGCUUUUUGAAAAGCUGAACUUAUUUUUUAAAUCCUUUCUUUUUACAAUUAUUGAUUCAGAAAGACUGUAACAAUCGUAUUUUUCUAAACUGCCAAUUGCUUGUGUUAGGAAAUGAUAUAUAGAUAUAUAUUUUAUUCUACAGAUUUCCAUGUAGUUUUGAAACUCUUUGUUUUCAUAUAUAUCCUCCUCUUUGCUAGAGUUAUCUCAAAAAAGCUGUAAGCUUCUGUAUACUGACUCUAUGAAAUUGUAUAAAAAUGCAGCUGCAUAAAAAGACUGACUUUAUUUUUUAUUUAAAUUGUUAGAGCUAAGUCAUCCUUACUGUUAUGCCGUGCAAGAUGUAUGGAAAGAAAUCAGGUCAUUUUUUCGAAAGGCUGGACAGCGUUAUGUGACACUUCCUAAAAAGUCUCGACUGAAAGUCAGGAGAAUUUACCCUAGAAAUUAUGCCAUUUUGGUGCCUGAUUCUAUAGUUUUUUCACACUGUUUAGGACCUUAUUUCACAAAUACUCCCAUGAAAUUUCAUGGGUAAUAUUAAAAAUAAGAGCCUAUGAUGUGUGAAUAGCAGUGAUAGAACAAGACCCUUUUCUAAUGAAGAACAAGGCCUUUUAACUAGUUAAGAGGCUAUAUUUUUAGAGUUUCAGGACAAUUUUUUGUGUUCUUUUCUGCGCUGUGAUGUCCUCCCAUGUAUUCUGGAUUUAUUCCAUAGCUGAAAUGCCAGAUUAAAUCGAUUGAAGCCCCAUGCGCAGAUGAACAUAAUAGAAAGCUGCAGUGAAAUAUUGCAGAAAAUGGCCUGAUUUCAUUCUUCAGAACAAUAAAGUAGCUCACAGCCUUGGCUUCUGUGCACCUGUGAAGCAGAGGCCCUUGCUUUGUACCUUGGUGUAACAUGGAAGGAUUUCUGCUCUCUGCCUGGAAAAUACUGUCUAUUCCUCAACCUUGUCAGAAGCAUAAUAUUUUCUCAAGUAAAAAAAAUCUGAUUCUGCAAGACUCAUUGGGGAGUUAAGGGGCAGCUGGGACCUUCUGUGAUCAAGCCACAUUAUUCCAAAAGUUUAUCCCUCGAUGACAAAUAAAAUAUGAUGUGGCUUUGCUGUUUGCAAGUAGGAUAAAGAGACUGGAAAUUCAUCACCCCAAGCCCUAGCCUUGUGACUGUUCUGUGAUGCUCCACUGUUACCAAUGGACUAUGUUGAAUCAGAUUAUAAAAUCAGAGUAUUUUGUUGCAUGUGUCCUUUUUUGUAACGAAAAUAUAGUUAUAUUUGAUGUUGCAGUUAUAAGGCAGUAAAUAAACACAUAAGUAUUU